GCUGCGCAUGUUAGAUGCGUUUCAGUAACGUCGUUAGCAAGUUAGGCUAACAUUAGCUAGUCGAAUGUGUUGUCAUCUCGGUUUAAUCGUUUUCAAGAGAGGCUCAUGUUAACGAGUUGUGAUUUCGUUAACCAAAUCAAAACUCAAGUCACCUAAAUGUAGUUUUAUUUGGAGUUGAGGACGGUGUAGCUUAUUUGUUAACGCUGUCUGCAAGCAAAUAGUUAUUAUGAUGAUGGAGGAUUUCUCCGGCCUGGCCCUGCCUCCUCUCUUUGGGGGCCACAUCCUGGAAGCAGAGCUGGAGCCAGGUGGGGUGGAACUGGGCCCAGGGGAGGUAGAGCUUGGCCCUGGGGUCAGUGAGUUGCUAGAGGGUAGAGGUCAAGGGUCAGGAGCAAGGCCAGAGCAGCAGGAGGAGAGGAGAGAAUUGGAGAAGAGGAAGUACCUGGCUUUGAUCAAGAGGUGUAAGGAGAUCGAACAGGUGAAUGAGAAGAUCCUUGGUCGCCUUCACCAGGUACAAAGACUAACACGUCACAUGAAGAAAGAGCGAAGGUUCCUAAUGAAGACCCUCGAUGCCCAUGGAGAUGACUAUAGAAAUGCACAGCUCACCAUAUCGCUUGAGGAAGAGUCUGGUACCCAUUUAGACAUUGGCCCUGGAGCAGAAGAUGAUCGGCUGAAUGACCUCCCUAGCUCCUCCCCCUCUGUCCCUUUCCAAUCCACAGUGGGAUCCAAGAAGAAGAGGCAUCGAGUUCUAAAACAGGAGAAAGACCCACAGACUGACGCAGACAUCUCCAUGUUGGCAGAGACGCAGUUCAGUGACUUUCCCAGUCCAACCACUUUGUCUCACUGACCAGGGGAAUGGCCGGCUGCUAGUGGGAGGAGAAUUGAGGCAGCAUUCUGUUGCUUGGACUCCCACUUCCCCAGACGUGAUGUCACUGAAACGCAUACAGCCAGAGCUCUUUGUGAUGUUCUGAAAGUUGUAUUGGCCUUGAGUGCUGAAAUGAUGGAAUAGGAUGAAGCUACACCUGAUCUAAGGUUCUACUAUGCGGAUGCUGUCUACAGAACCUUGCAGAUAGAAAUGAAAAACGUAGUGGAUAUGAUUAUCAUUUAAGCACAACUAUGAUCUGUGGAAAUGGCUGAAGGUCUUGACCAUGGUAAUCCACCCAUUCUGAUCGAGUAGAGAAUGGAUGGUCCGGUCCUUGCGGAAGUUACAUUGACAGUACAUGUAUUGAUGUGAACCUUUUAUCAGGAUACUCUGAACAUGUUUUAUGAUUGUUUGUCGACUUGAUGCCUACUAAAUGUUCCGUAUAAAAUGUUUAUUCAGAA